AUGUUGGAACCGUCAUUGAUUGCAGAGAAAAAAUUUAAUAAAGAAACCGAGCGGUUAAUCGGCCAAGCUCAGUUGCAAAGAUACGGAACGUUUUUGGAGAAUUACCACAAGAAAUUGAAUUCUUUUAAGAAGAAAUUACAAAAUGAUAGAAAUGUUAAAAUAAAACCCAUCUCUUUAGAGUUUCAGCCUAAGGAAAAUAUCAAGUUACUUCAACUUAUCCACUCGGAUAAUAAGAUUUUAACUAAAAUUUUUGUUAGCUUACUCUCUGUUUGUCAGGAAAUAAAUUUACUCACGGAUGAAGCUCAAGAAUUUUAUGAACAUUUUAUACUUUACGAAGAAGAACAAGGUAAAGCAAUUAACAAAUUCAGCAAACUCCUUGAAACACUCCAAAAAGUUUCAUUUUUUAUUAAUCGUGCUCACCAAGUAAUCGUCUUGGUUUUGCGACAACUCAGUGGUAUUUUAGGGAAAGGUUUUUAUACGGGAAGUGCAACUUGUUCUUUUCCCGAACCGUUAGAUUGUCUCUCGGAACUUUUAGUUUGCUUGGCCGUAUUUGACACCCUCUUAAAUCGUCCGAUUAUCAAGGAACAUUGCGGGUUAUAUCGAAGAUCUUUACGAUAUAUGAUGUCAUCACCUGGGGAUUACGAAAUGACCAUGGAAAAUUUGCAAUGCUUAUUCCGAAAAGUUAAUGAUAUCGAAAAUAUGUUGUUAUCCGGAAAUAUUUUGCAGCACGUUAUGGAAAAAUGUUUAGAAGAAUCAUUAAUAACGUCCAUAAAGGGAUGCAGCUUAGCAAGCGAAUUUUUGUUGUACACCCAACAGCUUUUAAACGAUUUAGAAAAAGAUGAAGAUGGUAUUACGUACACGCAAUUCUUUUUACAAGCAAAUACUUUGGUUGCUUUUCAAACGAUCCUCUUUGGAUCGAUGGAUAAAAGAAUUUUAAAGCGUCUCAUGGACAUAAAUAAAAAAACAACUGUUUGUACGAUUUACGGGAAUGUUCUUUGGUAUCCAGAAAAAUUUCUCACAACACACCUAUCAACGACUGACAAAAUUGAUGUAAAAAUGUUCCAAACGUGUCGUUUAAAUCAAAUAAACAUACGAUGUCAAAACUUGCUAAAAGACACAAAUUUGAUUUAUUUACAUGCUUACAAUUGGAUGGUUGAUAUAAAUUCCUUGACUAAAGUCAAUAUGAGUCAAUUACAAGUCCACCAUUUAAACGAAGCUUGUAAUCUUUUAAUAGAUGGUGUAAAAAUGUCGAAAAAAUUUUGCGAACUACUAAAAUGGAUCACUAAUCUUCAUGCUGAUGAGGGAAAACCGAUGUCGAAAUCGGUUUUGGUCGUUUUAUGUAAAUUAAUUGAGAUCUUAAAAAGUUUUCAAUUCAUUUUUACUAACCACCAAUUACCGUUAACUUACAUUCUUUUAAUGAUUAUGCAACAUUUAAAUCAUAAAGCUUUGAGUAUUUUAAUUAACAUUAAGAAAGGUUUAAAGACUGAUAAGGCUUAUAAGGAACAACAUUUGGAUGUUUUGUCAGCUUUAGUCGUUGCUGAACAUGCUUUAAAUGGUCCUAACACAAAAGAAAGAAUUUUACUAACAAAACUAGCAUUAUCAGCAAGCGGUCUUUCGAACGACGUUCUGCAAGAAAUUCGAUCUACAAUAACAAAAUUAGAAGUAAUAACAAACAUUGGAUAUUUAAUGGCGAGAUUAUGCGAUUGUUCGUUUCUUUAUUGGCAUCAAGUACUCUUACCGGUCUAUUUCGGAAAAUUAAUCGAAACAAGAUGCGAUUUAUCACGGACUUACCUAUUAUUAAAAGCUUUAAGUGAUUCAACAAAUAUAAACAAGUCAUUUUCUUUAACCAAAAGGAAUUUAGUGAAACAAGAGUUAAUUAAUCCUUUAACGCAACAAGUUGAGACCCAUUUACGUUUGCAAACGCAUUUGCAUUUACAAUUACCGCCGAGCGAUCCGUUUCAAAAUCCGCCCCCGUUUUCAUUUAAAAAAAUUUUCCCCGGAUUACUCGAUAAAAAAUAUUUAGAUAUAAAAAGCGAGGUUGAACACGAUUUAGGUACCACUUUUUAUAACUUAACGACCGUCGCACAACACGAUUGGAAAACGUACGUAGAAAUGAGACGUUUAGCUUAUUUACAAUAUGGUUUGGAAGCGGUAGAAAGUAAUUUACCGAUGCAAACAUUAGAACAAGGUCUAGACGUUUUGGAAAUAAUGCGAAACAUUAACAUUUUCGUUAGUAGAUAUUUAUACAAUUUAAAUAAUCAAGUUUUUGUCGAAGAAUGGAGCAACAAUAAACAUUUAAAUACGAUUAACAUAUCACACGUUGCAAACUCGAUAAGAACACACGGAAUUGGGAUAAUGAAUACCACCGUGAACUUUACUUAUCAAUUUUUGCAAAAUCAGUUUUUUGUGUUUUCGCAAUUUAUGUUCGACGAAUUGAUUAAAUCGAGGCUAUUAAAAGAUAUCCGUUUUUUUACCGAACACAAAUCGGAAUUAAAUCAAAUGUACCCGUUCGAACGUGCCGAAAAAUUUAACAUUGGAAUUAAAAAAUUGGGCUUAAACGAGGAAGGUUUAAGUCCGUUGGAUUUAUUUCGAAAAUUAAUCACACAAAUUGGAAAUGCCAUGGGUUACAUAAGAUUAAUAAGAUCCGGAGGUCGACGAUGUUUAUCAGACGCGACGUGUUUUAUUCCCGAUUUAAAAUCGGUCGACGAAUUCAAUAACACGCUUGAAAACACGCCGUUUAAUGAGAACACAAAAAAAUCAGCGUGCCAUUUAACGAGAGAUGUUAAAAUUUUAGCCGAAAAUUUCGAAGAAGCAACCGAAUAUUUUCAGUUAUUAGUCACCGUUUUUGCAUCGGUUUUUCGUAACCCUAGAAAUAUCCAUUUAAGAAAUUUUUACGUCAUUGUUCCCCCAUUAACAAUCAACUUCAUCGAGCAUUCUUUAGGGAGCAAAGAAAGGUUAAAUAAAAAGAACCGCGAAGGCGCCGCUUUUACAGACGACGGAUUCGCAAUGGGAUUAGCGUAUAUUCUUGAAUUAUUAGAUCAAACAAAUCAGUUAAAAACUUUGCAUUGGUUCGAAUCGGUUAAAGCAAAAAUAUUAAAUGACCGAAAAAAUUUAAAACAACAAUGGGACCUUGCCAGUAAAGAUGAUCAAAAAUUACAACAAACGUUAUCUUUAACCGAAAAAAGAGUUAAUUCUUAUGACGCGGAAUUCCAACUUUUAUAUUAUAAUUUGAGCAGUGCUAAAAUAUUUUUUGAAUCUUAAAUCAAGUUGCUUCGUUUAUUUGUUAAUAAAUAUAAAUUGUUUAUGAAAAAAUUAUAAUGUAAUGUUAUUUUUUAGUGU